AUGGCCGUCCUUCUCGUGCCGGUAAUCGCGGCACAGCUCGCUAUGUUUUACGGCCUUGACGACUACGGGUUCGAUCAGGACGACAAAGACGAGAACCCAGCUCUUCACCGUCCGUUUCUGCUUGAUGCCUCAUUUGACGUACGCGUAUAUUUCGACGAGUUCACCUGUGUCCAGCUGGAGGAGAUCCUUGAGGUCCUCCAGGUUCCCCCAAGGACCAAAAGCCGUGACAGUGACAGGGACAACGUCGAUUCGCUUAUGCUCUGGCACACCAUUCACGUUGACAGCUCGCUCUAUACUACCUCAGCCAACGCAUCUUUCACCAGGACGAGCACCUAG